AUGCCAGUUCGGGUCAAGAGCCGAGCCCUCAGCCUUCAGCGCCCGGACGAGCUAGAACGAGAGUGGGACCAUCUAAGGAUUUCCUUAGUGUCUCUGCUUUUGGCCAAUCCUCGAUUCUCUAAACUUGUCCUUGUCGAUGUAGAAAGAAAUAAACGGAUGUCCGUUCGUCUUGCAACUACCUCCGGGCCCGAAGCACGCACCUCUUACGGCCAGAUGGAGUUUGACCUCAAAAACAUCCGGUUAAUUCUCGCGCAAUCUGGGCUGGUUGCACCACAAAACUUGGAUGGCUGGCAUGAAAUUUCAGCGUCAGUUUCUGAAUUCAUAGUUCGGGGGGCAAUAUCUCUCCAACCUAGUCCAACUCGAAAGUGUCAGUUCAUCUCUUUGGGGAAAGAACCCGUUCUGUCGCGCCAUACCUCGAACGUUCUUUAUAACGAAGUCAACCGGCUAUUUGCUGCGUCUGAUUUCAGUAAUGUUGCAGUCAUGUCUGACCGAAGUUCUGUUCCACAUUCUGCAUCUUCGACAAACCAGCUUGAUGCCCCAAGUAACGCAAGCACUCGAAGCUGGGCAAAUACCAUCAAUAAGUGGCCAAUGUUUUACAUCCGAAUUGACACAAAGACUGCCAUACAGCUGGACGAUGAUGGAUCUGAGCAUCUUCCAGAAUCCGCCAAAUCGGUCCAGCGCAUCGUUGAUGUGCUUGGAGCCAUGGUCCAUGAAUUUUUGAAGCAACACGAUCUCCGCCCUCGUAGCGGCAAACAGCAGACCAUGCCACCAGGCCAAAUCCAGGGUAUUCGUUCCAAAGUCUCCCGAGCAGCUGGUAGUUCUGGUGGCCCCCUACAGCAAGGUCGGUCGCUUUUGAGCGCCGAAGAGGCAUUUAGCAGUCGUGUGAAAAUCCCCUCAUUCUCAAGAGCCCAGUCUCUGAACUCUGGUCAAAGCUUCGCCAAUUGGUCUAGAGUAAAAAGAGCUAAGGAUCUCAAAGGACAUUCUCCGACCCAUCGAACGCCUCAGCGUUCACAUGCGGCGCCUGACGUAACACAGGGAAACAGUUCCUUUGUUCUUGCUAAACAUAGGCGAAACCGUCGAAAUUAUGACGAGGAGUGCACAAUUUAUCCAAGACCCGUGAAUAAAAUGAUUUCUAGCAAGGGUAGGGACAAAGCAGAGGAUUUCCCCAGCGACUCGAUAUCUGACAAGAUGAUCACCUGGGUCGAUCCCCAUACCAAAUUGGCCUAUAUUAUUAAUCCUCGAACGGGUCAAACGAUGAACUCUCGGAAGUCAUCAGCUACCCAGCGUACUCCUGCCAAUGGUGUCGAUACCCCGUCUAAGCAUCCAGUGCAAACCUUUUGGAUAGAAAACCUGUUGGGUGAAUGGGACAAUCCUUCCUUCAGCCGGACAGAAAUGCCGAUACCGAACCUAGACGCAGGGACCGCCGGUCAGCAGGGUACAAUUACUUCUUCGCACGACUGCUUCAAGGGCAUCGGGUCUCUUGAUACCGCGCAGGUUGCCAAGUAUCGAGGAAAACUUCAACGCCGUGCGCUCGAGGGUGCCGAGGUGAUAGCCCAGGUGGACAAAAAGUUCAUCUUGGCCAAGUUCCAUACCACUCCCGUCAAUCUCGGUUGGGAAGGUCAAUCCGAUGAUAUUCUUCUCUUAAUCGAUCAACACGCGGCUGAUGAGCGAUGUCGGAUUGAACUCUUGUUUAAGGAGAUGUUCCUUUCUCCCGACCUAGGUGAGAAUUUAGAGUCGGGGAGUCGAGUGCACACUGUGCAAGUUGCUCCUUUAGCGUUUGAAGUCUCACUGACAGAGGGUGAUCUCUUCCAAAAAUGUAUGGCUCUCUUCUCGGGCUGGGGUAUUGAGUAUACGACACGUGCCUCGACCAACUCUACUGUCUUGAUCACCGUGCAUACUCUUCCUGUUCUAAUAGCCGAACGCUGUCGGCUCGAGCCUCGUGUAUUGAUUGAUUUGAUGAGACGUGAGACCUGGUCAAGUGAGGAAGAUGGCAGGAAGCUGUUCCAGUCGAAGAAAGCAUUUAAAGCCGAAGAUAUUGACCAUGAUCGCGGACUAUCAGCCAUGGACGAUGUGGUACACAAAGGAACCUCAAUAUCAUCUGUCUCACGUUCAUGGAUUCAGCAGAUGAAUGGAUGCCCCCAGGGCAUCGUGGACCUUCUUAACUCCCGCGCUUGUCGCACUGCUAUCAUGUUCAAUGACCCAUUGAACCUUGAAGAGUGUCAGGCCUUGGUCUCUAGGCUAGCCCAUUGUGCCUUCCCGUUUCAAUGCGCCCACGGCCGCCCUUCGAUGGUCCCUAUACUUGAUUUACGAACCCUCUCUGGCAUUGCCGUUUCAUUGCCGCUAGACUUGGAUGCUAGAGAAGUUUAUGAUAACGGCAUGAGUUUGGAUUUCGUAGAGGCGUUUAGAACCCGUUAUGUAAUAUAG